AUGAAGAUCCUCCUCAUCUUCACCUUCUUCCUGAUCUCAGAAAUGGUUGUUGGCUUUGAUGUGAUUGGCUUCACAAAAGGUAGGAUCAUCAUCUACUGCAAUAAACUGCAAGAGGAAUCUAAAAGAGGAAAUGAUAAAUAUUUCUGUAAGGAAUCGACAAAGCAGUGCCUGUGUCUGAAACCUGAUCUCCCAAGGAAUUCAUGGAUUUUCAAAGGAAAAUUUGGUAUAUUUGAGACUUCUAAAGACGUUAGAGUUUCCUACAAAGAUCUGAGGUUAGAAGAUGAUGGAUUAUAUCAGUGUGGAGAGACUGGAGUGUGGAAUCAAACCGUGAACUUAAUUGUGAAGAAAGAUCCAUGUUGUUUGGAGUCAAAGACUGUGAUUGGUUAUCUGGGAGAGACCGUCACUAUUAACUGUUCCUAUCCAGAGGAGUUUCAGAAAAACAUCAAGUACUUCUAUAAACUGGACGGUGGAAAUGUUCAUUUAUUGAUAAAUUCCUCAGCAUCCCAGAACGACAGAUUCUCCAUCUCUGAUAACAGAAGAUCUAAUGUUAUCAGUGUGAGAAUCAGUGAUGUGAGAGAAGAUGAUGGAGGAGUUUAUUACUGUGGAGCCGGAAAAAGCUCUCCAAUUAUUUAUUUCUCGCUCUACACUGAGAUUCAACUGCAGCUUUCUGCUCCAGAUUUGUCUACCAUCAUCAUCAUCAUCUCUGUGAGUAUCUGUGUGGUUCUGCUGCUGAUUGGAGGAUUAACACUGAUCUUCUACAAGCUGAGAUGCUGCAGGACUGGAGACUCCGCCCACAUCAGCCAAAUAUCUGGAACUAAUAAUACAAAUGAUGAUGAUGAUGAUGAUGAUGAUUACGAAAAUAAUUCACUUGGGACGCAGGACAACAUCAGCAUGAGCCUGGUCUCCCCGAAUCUAGACUCCACCUCCAACCAAUUCGAUUUAGUCUAUCAAAACCUGGACUCCAUUGCCAACGAAUCGGAUUCAAUCUAUGAGAGUCCUGACCCCAACACCAGCCAAUCAGAUUCAGUAUAUUAUGUUUGA